UUCCCAGUUCCCUUUGAAAACAUAAAAUAUACUGUUGCAUAAUUUUUGACAAGUCCUUCCAUACUCUGUAUCUAUGGCGUAGGGAGAGAAGUUCAAACUCUGCAUCUUCGUUCUCUUCGCUCUUCUUCUACUCAACUAAACAAAUCCCACCGGGGUUCACUCCAAAGGUGCAUACAGAAUCUGAGUCAACGACAGAUAAAGGGGAAGAAGAUGCUAGCAACACUAAACCGAUUAUAAGACAGAGAAGAUAAAAAUUCUGACAGUUCCAACAAUGAUGCAAAAGUAGCUGAAGAAGAUGACAACUAUGAACAAGAACCUGAACCGGUGGUCAUUGAAGUUUUUCCGGAUCCAGAUUUUUAUGACUUCGACAAGGAUAGGAGUGAAGAGUGCUUUGCGGCUGAUCAGAUAUGGGACAUUCAUGACUCUAUCAAAGGUAUGCCCAGAUUCUAUGCUCGGAUUGAUAAAGUAUUUUCACCUUUCAAGGUGGAUAUCACAUGGUUAGACUUUGUUGCGGAGGAUAUAGAUGAGACUGCUUGGGAGAGAAGUGGGUUACCUGUUGCUUGUGGGAAGUUCAAACUCGAGGAGACUGAUACAAUUGAAACUAUACAUGAAUUUUCUCAUAAGAUUUUCUGUGAAGAAGGUGUUAGUAAGUGCUUCAACAUCUAUCCCAGAAAAGGGGAAACUUGGGCCCUCUACAAGAACUGGAACAUUAAAUGGAGCUCUGAUCCGGACAACCACACUGAGUACGAGUACGAAUUUGUUGAAGUCCUGUCGGAUUACACCUCCGGAUCAGGCAUUCCGGUUACUUAUUUGGUUAAGCUAAUAUGCCUAUUUAAGCCAACCAAAAACAAUGGAAUCGCUUCCGUUCAGAUACCAUCCAAUGAAAUGUUAAGAUUCUCUCACAGGGUUCCUUCAUUUAGAACAAAAGGUAAAGAACGAAAGGACGUCCCUGAAGGUUAUUUCGAACUUGAUCCUUGUAUUAACCUUGAAGAAGUGUCUGAAAAUGUUGAUGGUAUCAACGAUUGGUUAGCAUUCGUGUCAAAGGAGAAGCAUCCUAUGCUGGAGGAGAGAGAAAAUCCUGAUGCAGAGGGUACCUUGGGAAGGAGUGCCCCAGGUGGAAAUAAGUCUUCCAGGGUGAUUGCCAUGCCUGGCAAUGUGCACGAGGACAUUUCCUCUUCAUCUUCUCGAAAGGUUUUUGAAAUGCUAGACGCGGAGUUCUGCAACUUUAACGAAGGGCGAUCCUGUGAAAAGUUUAAGACUGGUCAGAUAUGGGUUCUGUAUUGCAAAUUGGAUAAGUUGCAUCGUCUCAAAGAAACAUUGGGUAAGUUUCCCAAAACCUAUGCUCGGAUAGAGAGUGUUGAAUCAUUUCCUGUUUUUAAAGUGGCUUAAGUCUUGCAAUCCACCAAAGGGCAUUAUUUCAUGGGUUGACAAGGAAAUACCAGUAAGCUGUGGAACAUUUAAGGUCAGAUCUAGUGAAGUUGUUGUCUUUUAUGAUCUCGUUUCUUUUUCUCAUCAGUUAAGUGAGGUAGCAGCUGUUAACAACGUGUACACAAUCUAUCCAAGGGCAGGGGAAGUGUGGGCAGUAUGCAGUAAAUUUCGCUCUGACUUGGCGUGCUCGGACUUGACCAAAUGCAAGUACGACUUCUUUGAAAUUUUAGAGGUGGUUGAUGUUCAUUGGAUAAUGGUAUCGGUUUUGGAAAGAGUUACUGGUUUUAAGACGGUAUUCAAAGCUAAAGAAAAAGAGGGACUUGAUUCCACUGUGGCUAUUCCGUGGAUUGAAUUGUACAGAUUCUCUCAUCAAGUUCCUAAUUUCGUGUUGUCAGGAGCAAGGUAUGGAAAGUUGCGUGGCUGUUGGGAGCUGGAUCCUAGAUCUUUGGCAGUUUAUUGAUACCCGACGAACUGAAGAUGAGCUUUCCCUAUUGGCUUGUAGAAUUUUUGAUGGAGUCGAUUGAGUCAGUGUAGCAUUUGUGCUUUGUGGAGCUUAAUAGAGUUGUACUCUGACAGUAUGUGUCAGUUAUUUUGGCGUCAGUAUAGUAUCUCUUUUUACCUAGGCCUGAAAGUCUCGUGUUCUCUGGAGCUUGAUUGAGUUAUACUCUGACAAUAUGUGCGAGUUAUUUUGUGAAGUUAUACUCAUGUUUUGUGAAGUGCAUGCCAAUGAAAAGCCAAAGGUGGUUCUUUCUUUUUGA